AUGUUCUCCAAGGCUACCAUCGCUAUCACCGGCCUUUUGGCUCUGGCCGAGGCCGUCAAGGUCACCAAGCCCGCCAAGGGUGACGACUGGGACCUCUCCGAGACCAACGAGAUCGAAUGGGAGACUGUCUCCAGCGACCCCAAGAGCUUCGAGAUCAUCGUCAUUAACCAGUCCAGCUACCCUGGAGUUUCCCAGACUAUCGCCAAGGUCAACGCUGCCGAUGGCAAGUACGAGCUGAAGGACCUCAAGGUCGCCCCUGGUGACUCCUACCGCAUCAACCUCGUCUCCACCGACCCCCAGAACUCCGGUAUUCUCGCUCAGUCCGAGGAGUUCGCCCUGACCGGAAGCGAUGAUGACAGCUCUUCUGCCUCUGCUUCCGCUACCGCCUCAGCCAGCGCCUCCGGCUCUGCCUCUGCCUCUGCCUCUGCCACUGCCACUGGUUCCGCUACCGGCACCGCCACCGGUACCGCCGCCUCCGGCACCUCCUCCACCGCCCCCAACAGCGCUUCCGGCAUCAAGUCCACCUUCGCCAUCUUCGGCUCCGUUGCCGUUGCCGCCUACAUGCUCUUCUAA